AUGGGUAUUGUACAUUGCCUACUUGUAGUGGCAGCCACAAAGAAUUGGCAUGUCUUCCAACUUGAUGUGUACAAUGCUUUCCUACAUGGAGAUUUUGAUGAAGACGUCUAUAUGCAUUUUCCACCAGGUUUUGCACGUUUCUCCCAAUCCAAAGCUGAUUACACUCUAUUUACUUAUCAACAUGGAUCCUCGUUUACUGUUGUUCUUGUCUAUGUCGAUGAUGUUAUCUUGGCAGGAAAUGAUGAUUCUCACAUAUCUCAGCAGGAACAAUUCCUUAAUUCCAAUUUUCACCUCAAGGAUCUUGGUCCCCUCAAGGUGCAAAGUCAAUUUCUCAGUACUCCACGUACCACUCAUUGGCAUGCUGGUCUGCGCAUUUUGCGCUACAUCAAAGGAACAGUGGGCACUGGUAUUCUAUUGUCAUCCUCAAGCAAGCUGACUCUUCAUGCUUAUACAAAUAGUGAUUGA